UCCACAGUCAGGACCGAGCAAAGGUGCCGAAGUGGAGGGCGGACGAAGCACCCCAGCGGCGGCAGCACUUGUCAUCAUGGCGGACAAGGAGGAGAAGGUGGCGCAAUUCUCGGCUGUUGCUGGCGUCGAUGCUGAGAGGGCGACCUUUUUCCUGGAAUCCGCCGCAUGGAAUCUCGAGUCAGCCUUGAGUAGUUUUUAUGAGCAAGGGGAAGAAGAGGAGGCAGCUGCAAGAGAAGGCACUGGAGAAAACCUGGGCGAGAGGCCGGAGGCAGAAGGUGCUGCUGGAUCCCCACAGAAACUGCCCUCCCAGGCGGCCAUCCAGAGGGCUCUGGUGAACAUUAUGGACCAAGAUAGUGACAGCGGCGGCAGUGGGGAGGAGGACGGUCAGGCCUUCUAUGCUGGUGGCUCAGAGCACUCCGGCCAGCAGGUGCUUGGGCCACCACGGAAAAAGUCAGACAUGGUCACCAAACUCUUUAAGUCAGCCAAAGAGCAUGGGGCAGAGGUGCUGGACAGUGAAGGUCAAGGGAAGAAGUCCAAGAAACUGAGCUUUGGAGGCACAGGGUACCGUCUUGGCCUGACUUCUGAUGAUACAGAAGUGAUUCCUGAUACCUCUAAGAAGGAAGAGCGGCCAAGGGACGUGUCACUCAAGAUGUGGAGGACUGGUUUCACGGUGGAUGACGGGCCACUCAGGGCAUACGAGGAUCCAGGCAAUGCAGAGUUCCUUAAUUCCAUUCGACGCAGUGAGGUUCCCCUGGAGCUGAUCCGAGAGGCACGAGGAGGUGAGGUUUACAUCAGCAUGGCCGACCACCGCCAUGAAGACUAUGUGCCGCCCAAAGUGACCUUAAAGGCUUUCUCAGGUGCUGGUCACACUCUUGGCAGCUUGGUGCCAACAGUUGUUGGUCAGAGUGACAAGGGAGCCAGUGGAGGUGCCAGCAGCCAGGCAGCACCAACCCAGGAUUCCAAGACACUGCAGAAGAACGCCCAGGAGGGUCUCAAGGUGGACGAGAGCCAACCAGUCACAUCCAUCCAGCUUCGCAUGCCCGAUGGUUCCCGUCUCGUGGCGAGGGUGAACCACACACACACUGUCGGAGACAUAAGACAUUUUGUACAGACAGCACAGCCAGCCUACAUUACCACUGACUUUGGUCUCAUGACAACCUUCCCUUAUGCUGAGCUUACCAACUUGGCACAGACUGUGUCUGAGGCAAAGCUAUUAAAUUCUGCCAUUGUUGUUAAGACCAAGUAAUGUAAGAUUGUCCUCAACAAUAGGAAGCUUCAACUUGUUGACUGCAUGUGAUAUGUGUUUGUGGAGGCGCAAAUUCAUAUUUAUUAAAAUAUUCUCAGUUCUGCUAUGUUCUAAGUAUACUUGAACAAUAAACUUAUUUUGGAAUUGUAUUCCAUAUGCAUAUUUUACCUGUAUACCCUGCCCUGUUGAAUACUUAAUAUCUAUCAAUACCCACUACUAUUCCAGUAUACUGCUGACUUGCUACCUCCAAAGUUCCAUCUACAUAUCAGCCUGACAUCCUCACAAGGUGUCACCUGGUAAUUGAGAAAAAUGCUUACACAUACACACGCCUCUUUAAGAGUUACUGUUAGAAAACACGGAUUUGUACCUGAGUAAGUGACAUGAAAGACACAUGAGAGGAGAGCCAGCAGGGGCUAAUGUCUCCUGAACUGCUUCUUGAACUUCUCAUAGUGAAAGUCAUCCGUUGCCUUCUCCCCAUGUGGCCUUUUGGGUGCUAUGGUGGAGAUCUUGACACCACCACCCACCACCGGCUCCACAAUCUCUUGCACUCUUUUUUCCUUCUUCUUGGCUGGUCCAGAGUCCUCCAAGUUGACUGUGGAGUAUAAUGUAAAAUAAAAGAGCACCAGAGUUAAAUAUAUCAGAAAGGAGAGAGCAGAAAUAAACUUGUAGCAUGAUUCAGAGAAGGCAUUGUAGUUGAUACAAGCAUGAAAAUGACAAUAAAUAGAGAAAAGUA